AUGGCUUCCCAAAUUCAUCAUCAUUCUAAACAAUUCAUUCUCAUUGUAUUAUUGUCCUCUCUAUUUUAUUUCACGGUUGACUCGACUAGCCGUGGUGGAUGGUCGCCAAUCAGUAACCCCAAUAAACCGAUAUUUGUGGUGAUUGGAAAGUUUGCGGUAUCAGAGCACAAUACUGAAGCUAAGACAAAUCUUAAGUUCGUUAACGUAGUGAAGGGAGACAUUGAAGUGGCUGUCGGUGCCGGUACCGAAUAUCGUCUUGUGAUCGCAGCGAAGAAUGGAGGCGUCAUUGGGAAUUAUAAGGUCCUUGUUUUAGAGACAGGAGGGACUACUAAAUAUCUCUCUCUAUUUUCUUUCAAGGUCAACUCGGCCUUGAUAGGUGGAUGGACGCCAAUCACUAACCUCAAGAACUCGACUAUUGUGAGUGUUGGGAAGUAUGCGAUAUCAGAGCACAACAUUCAGGCCAAAACAACUCUUGAAUUCAAUAGCGUGGUGAAAGGAGACACUCAAGUGGUAGCUGGUAUCAAAUAUCGCCUCGUGAUUGCUGCCAAGGAUGGAAUUGUGGUUGGGAAUUAUGAGGCCAUUGUUUUGGAUAUACCAUGGAUUAAAUUCCGAAAACUUUUUUCCUUUACCAAAUUGUAA